AUGAAGUUCUACACGGCAUUGACGGCGGUUGCUUCCUUGGUUGCAACUGCGACCGCUCAUGGAGGAGUCGAUCAGUAUAUUGUAGGAGACACAACCUACCAAGGAUGGUCACCGUACAACUCAGCUUCAGGUCAAAAGUCCAUUCAGCGACAGUACUCGACUUACGACCCCAUGUACAUCAAAGAUCUCUCAACAGUCAACAUCCGCUGCAACAAUAACGGCGCUCUCGGUACAGGCAUGACUGGCACCAUUGCCGCUGGUGCCAAAUUGAAGACACACUGGAAGCAAUGGACUCACAGGCCGACUUCUCUUCUUGACCGCGAUGUAGUUAAGAUAUAUGAGCAAGGCCUCAUAUCCGGGACUGAAAACUCCGGCAUCUGGGGUAAGUUGUGA